AUGGCGGCGAUUAUCCGGUGCUGCUCCUCCUUCUCCCAUUCUUCCGGCGUCCGUCCUCCGCCGCACGAAAAUAAUUCUCGAGGUUCAGCGACUGGAAAGUUAGCUACAUCUGUAGACUACUCCUUAGUCAGAACACCUGGAGCACAUCAUCUUAUCUCCAAGAUUAAACCUUUGUCUACCAAUUCCAAUGAGCGUGAAAGCAAGGGAAUCUUACAAACACCAUUUAGCAGCGUAGAAACUUUUGACAAGUUAUCAUCUUUUGAGAUGUGGCAGGGAAUUGGGAGGCACAAGUUACCUAUGAUGGCAGUGUUGUUGACAAACUCCCUUCUCAUGGGUACACCUCUUGAAGCUUUGGCUGCUGAGAUAUGUGAGCCUGAGAGUUCCAUCUUCAACAUGCCGGUUUUGUUGCUUGUAGCACUUGUUGGAGCCACUGUUGGAGGGUUGCUUGCUCGGCAGAGGAAAGGGGAGUUACAGAGGCUGAACGAACAACUACGACAGAUCAACACAGCUCUUAGGAGACAAGCCAAAAUCGAAUCUUACGCACCAGGGUUAAGUUAUGCACCAGUAGGAGCUAGAAUCCCAGCAGAGAGUGAGAUCAUUGUGGAUCCAAAGAAACAAGAGUUGAUUUCAAAGCUGAAAACAGGGAAGACCUUUCUGAGGAAUCAAGAACUAGAGAAAGCUUUUUCAGAGUUCAAGAUAGCGUUGGAACUUGCUCAGAGUCUCGGAGACCCUAUUGAAGAGAAGAAAGCUGCGAGAGGGUUAGGCGCUUCACUGCAACGUCAAGGGAAGUAUAGAGAAGCUAUACAGUAUCACAACAUGGUUUUAGCCAUCUCGAAUAGGGAAGGAGAAGAUUCUGGAAGCACUGAAGCGUAUGGAGCUAUUGCAGAUUGUUACACUGAGCUGGGAGAUCUUGAGAAAGCUGGGAGUUACUAUGACACCUACAUUGCUCGGUUAGAAACAGACUGAUUCAUCUGCAUUGUCUUUUUUUUGUGUGUUUGUUGUGUUCAUGUCAAGUCACAUAAAAUGAAGAUUUAUACCCUUUUUGAAUGUAAUUUUAUUUGUCUUACAAUCCAUAGCAAAGUAUACAAUCCAUAGCUGGGUUAGGUUUGUUGUGUU